AUGACAUCACCCGUGAGUCCCAGAGCGCCGUAUAGCCUCCAACCCACUGAUGCUGAGUCGGCUGAUUUGUCUGCUCUGCAAACCGAUGGAAGGAUACGCCAGGUUGUACGCCUUCUUAGUCCAAUCAAUAGGCUCUCUCCGAAAGAAAUACCAAUCAGCCAGCCAUCGAAAUUCGAGUCUGGUGUCACGCAGGCCCAUGAGGACAUGUUGUCAUCCGGUCAUUUAGCCAGGCCUAACCCAAGAAGUGUCGGAACAGGUGGUCCGCGUUACUCAGUCGGUGAAUCAGAAGACUUUGUAGGAUUGUUUCGAGGUGUGGAGAGAGAAGCGCUGAUGCGUUCGGCAGAAGACACA